AUGGUGUCACCACCAGCAGUCUCUGAGGGCACACCAUCACAGGCUGUAUUGGAGGGGGAAGCACCAGAAGAAGAGGCUGCUGAAAAAGUCCCAGAAGAGGAAGCCCCUGUUGAACCAGAAGAAGGGGCUGAGGAGGAAAAAGCUGAAGGAGAAGAAAAGGAAGGUGAAGCUGAAGCUGAGCCGAAGGCAGAAGCAGAGGCAGAAGGGGAAGGGGAGGAGGAAGGAGAGAAAAAAGAAGGCGAUGAAGGAGGAGGCCCUAAGAAAAAUACUAAUCAAUUUAACUUUUGUGAGCGUUCUGCACUCACAUAUGAUAACCCUUCUAGAGAUGCGACAACACAAACGAUUCCUCCUCCUCGUAGUCGAUACUCCGCACUGGUAUCACCAUCUAUGAUCUUUGACAUAUAUCAAGAAGAUUAUGCUCUGCAGCAGCAAAGCAAGGAAAUUCCAGAGGAAAUAGUUUCUGUAAGUUUAUUCAAGAAACCUGAACCUAAGCAAAGUGAUGUACGUGCGGCAAAACUCAUCAGUCGACAACAGAUAUGUGCUAAGAAGCUUGAAAGGCUGGUCAAUCAGAAUGAAAAUGAUGAAAUAGCUCAAGAUUUCAGGUAUUGGGAGGACCCAUCAGAUCAGUAUAAAGAAGUGGAAGGAAAUUUACUGCCACUGUGGAAAUUUGUUUAUGAAAAUACAAAGAAAAAUCAUGUAACAGGUGUCUGUUGGAACCCACAGUACUAUGAUUUCUUUGCGGUGUCCUUUGGUUAUUUUGACUCCACUAAACCGCAGCCUGAGGGAGCUAUGUGUCUCUUCACACUGAAAAAUCAUUCCUAUCCUGAAUAUAUUUGCCUUACUGAUACUGGAGUGGUGUGUGUUGAUGUUCACCCAGACUAUCCUAGUAUGAUUGUAGUUGGACUAUAUGAUGGAAAUGUUGCUGUUUACAAUGCUAGUGUGUCAGACAAGGAACCAGCAAGGAAGAGUCACUUCAAAGACAAGCAUGGAGGUAUUGUAUGGCAGGUUCUGUGGGUCCCAGAUUUGCCAGAUGGAGAAAUGAGCUUCUUCUCAGUUUCUGAAGAUGGUACCGUACGAAAGUGGAUUAUUGGACUGGAAGGAUUGGCCAAGGCUAUUGUACUCACACUGACCCUCGCCAGAGAUCCAGUUCCAGGACCAUAUGGUACUACAGUCAGUUUAGUAGGAUCUGGCACUACAAUGGUUUUUCACCCAAAAGAAAAAGAAGUAUUUUUAGUUGGAACUGAAGAAGGACAUAUAUACAAGUGCAGCACUAUGUAUACUGCUUCAUACUUGAUGACAUACAAUGCACAUAACAUGGCAGUGUAUAGAAUUCAUUACAACAAAUACAACUCUGACAUAUUUGUUUCUUGUAGUGCUGACUGGACAGUUAAGAUAUGGGAAGACAAAAGAAGUGACCCUCUCUAUAUAUUUGAUCUGGGAAAUCCUGUUCAAGAUGUGGAAUGGGCACCAUAUUCAAGUACAGUUUUUGCUGCUAUUACUGAUGGAAGAGUUCAUGUGUUUGACUUAAAUAUUGACAAAUAUAGGCCAAUAUGUGUCCAAUUUGUUGUCUCGGCAAGAAGGAAUAGACUUUCAAAAAUCACUUUCAAUUACAAAAUACCAGCAUUACUGGUUGGAGAUGAACGUGGCUGCGUUACUAGCCUAAAGAUUUCACCAAAUCUACGCAAGAGAAUGAAACCACCAAAGAAAGGACCACAGAUUGAGCCAAGAGAACUUGAAAUAAUGAAACUGGAUAAACUGUUGUCAUUUGUACGGGAGCCUGACAAAUUAGUGCCACCACCAGAUGUUCCAGAUAUAGACUAUUAA